UGCAUCGAGUUUGUUGCUUAUUAUGCUUUAAUUAAUAAAGGCCGAUGUCGUGUGUUUCGUGGUUUCAUGGAACUCCAAGAUAAAUAUGAGCGCAUUUGACGGUCCCGGCGCACGUGCUCUCCGCUGACAGGGCUCCCCCACCCCUCGUUGUCCCAACGCCCCAGCUGCUCUGAUGGCGACCCGCGCCGCCGUGACGCACCACCGCACAGGUACAUCUGAUGCCGGACAGCCGCGGACACGCGCAGACGGUCUCCUGUCGCGCCCCCGGGUCACACAAGUUCGUCUCCGAGGUGCGGAGCAUCUCGGCUCAUGGACGCGCACGGCGCUCCCGAGAGCCCGGGGACGGACCCCCCUCCGGAGGAGGUGUUCUCGCACAGCGAUGGAGGCGCGGAGGUGCGCGGGAGGAGGACGAGGGGGGGCAUCUCCGCGCCCACGCGGCUCGGCCACGCUGCACCCACGCUCCCCUCCGACGGCUGCAGGAAGAAGGUGCAGUUCGCGGACGCGCUCGGGCUCGACCUGGCCAGCGUGAAGCGCUUCAGUGCCGCCGAGGAGGCGCCCGCGCCCGCGUUCUCCAUGCCCCCGGAGAGCGCCGAUUUCGACGCGCGUGUCCGCCGCUGUCACGUGGCCCUGGAGGACGUGUCCGUCUCCGGCCUGGAAGUCCGUGGCCUCGUCCGCGCGCUCACCUCGGGCAGCCGCCGCGCGGAGGUGGGCGCGCGCUACACUCUCGACGAGUGGCUCUCCUUCGCGGACGCGCACGGGGCCCUCGCGCCGGACCAAGUAGGCGCCGAGGCAGGCACGCGCUUCGCGUUCACGUUGCGCGUGCCCGGGCCCCUGGAAGCGGACACGGCGGUGCGCUUCGCGGUGUUCUGCAGGACGGAGCUCGGCGAGUGGUGGGACAACAACGGGGGGUGGAACUACACGCUCUGCAACCCUCAAACCCUCCUGAGGUGAGAACUGGGGGACAAAGGAGCUUCACGAGACCCCAGAGUGGGCAUGCUGUACUGUGUCAAGGUGCAGCAAAAGACCACCUUCAUGUCUCCUCCAUGUCCCUGGAUGGAACAAACUCGGCAAAGUGACAUCAGGGGUCCGAGGAGCACGGCGAGACACCAGGCGUGAUGUUCCACACCAUUUCCUCCACAUUCAGAUGUGGGCGCUGGGCAGAGGAGCUUCCCCUGAGCAGACAUCAUUACCUGUGUCGUUCGUGGAGGGGGGGGUUACUGUGUAUAUUGAUGGAAA